CAUUUUGACUACCUAUGAUCAAAGAUGAAGUUGUUUAUUGGAUUUAUUUCUAUAAUAAUUGGGCCUCUUGAAGUCAAUUCAAUUCGUGCUAAAGAUGAUUACAUCAAAAGAGAACUUCAAGAAUAUCCUGUACAAAUAAAUGAUAUCUUGCAUUAUAUACAAGGAAAAUGCCACCGAACACAUAGAGAAACAGUUGAAGAAAUGCAACAGAAAAAACAAUUAAUUAUAAAGAAACUUGCAACCUACAAAGAAGUAAUCAAAUUAAACAAACACAUAGAGAAAGAAUUUAAAUGGAUUACAGAAGAGCUAAAGGAUCACAAGGAAGCUCCAGAAAUUAUUACAUCGUUGAGAAAAGAUGUUCAAGAUAUUUGCGAGGGUCCGCCUUUGAAUCAACAAAGAGAGUGCACAGAUUUAAAGAAACUAAACAAGAAGACAGGUAUCCACACAAUAUACCCAGAUAAUGUGCAUGGAAUCAAAGUUUAUUGCAAUAUGGAAGUCGAUGGAGGUGGAUGGAGCGUAAUACAGAGAAGACAAGAUGGUACAACCAAUUUUUAUAGAUCCUGGUCAGAUUACGAGAAAGGUUUUGGAAGUCCUGAAAGAAAUGUUUGGCUCGGUAAUUACACUUAUCUCAUUCAUUUUCACUUUAGAAAUACUAAAGCAUAUUGCCUUAGCUUUUAA